UCCAAAUGGAAGAAGAUAAAAGAUAAGCUCCGUUCUCUUUCAUAGCUGCUCAAUCCUAUUUCGCUCGCUGCCGUCUUUAAUGCCGUCAAUUACUCCGCCGUCGCAAACCGGGUUUCACCACCGUCAAUCUCAUUGCAAUCUUUAACUUCUCGCUCAGCUCUAGCUUUGAUCCGGAGAUAUUCCCAUCUUCUGUCCGGAUUCAGACAAAUUCAAAUCGGGUUAUACUCUUUAAUUCUGAUUUCAUCUUCCGUUGUUACAAACCUACGUUAAAAUCUUCAUAAGAAUUCAAUAGGAAAAAACUGUGCUCAAUUGGUGGCUCUGUUUCCCCUUCUUCUUUUCGUUACUAUAAUGGAGAAACACUUGGAGCAGUAUCUACAAGAUAUGUCAAUUGAAGAUGAAGAGGAUAAACCUCUGGUGUUAUCUAAUCUUCCUCAGUUUUACUCAUCUGAAAGAAACUUAAGAAGCUUAAUAGGUCGGUUUCUUAACCCUGACUAUCAGCGUAUGUCUAAUUGGAUCUUAGAGAUGCCAAGAAUUUGGAGACUGUAUGACAGAGUCAGAGGUGUUGCUUUAUCAAGAGAUCGUUUCCAGUUCAUUUUCAAAUAUGACGACGAUAUAAAUGAAAUUUUGAAGACUGGGGUGUGGACUCAAGAUGAUUGGGGAGUAGUUAUGGAGCGAUGGGUCGAAGAUCCUCCUGCCAAUUAUCUGAUGUUUCUUCCAGUAUGGAUUAGGCUUCGUAAUUUGCCAGUGAAUCACUAUACGAAGGAGACUAUUACAGAAAUUGCUGGUUGUGUUGGUCAGGUUCUAGAGGUUCCUUUUGAUGAGAAAGAGGCUCAAAGCAAGGACUAUGUUCGGGUUAGGAUCUUACUUGAUAUUUCAAAAGGGCUGAAAAAUUUCAAAGAACUUCAACUUCCAAAUGGGUCACUUGUCAAGAUUGGUAUUGAUUAUGAAAGAGUUCGAAAAAGAUGCUUUCAGUGCCAAAAGCUGACUCAUGAUAAAAGUAGAUGUCCUUUUGCUCAGAUAGAAAUUACAGUUGGAGAUUGUUCCUCAACAAAUGUUCUAGCUGAUACAAUCAAAGCUGAUCUGCUGAAUCCGAAGAACUCGAGACUUAAAACUACAACGCAAAGAGCAGUUCAAGAUUCUACAAGAGCCUUCUCUAAAGACAAGGAGAUUGAUCUUCGUGGCAAAAAUAUUACAACUGCAGAAUGUUCAUCACCAAAACUAUUAGCUGAUGUAACAAAACUUGAUGUGAUGAAUCAGAAGACCUCGAGUUAUGAAACUCCUCUUCAAAGCUUGCCUCAAGGUAACUCUUUUUAUUGCUCUCCCUCAGCCUUAUACUCGAAUGGUUUAGAGGCUUCCUCCUCAAAAAAGUUGCAACAGAAGUUACCCACUGCUAAAAGACCAAGAUCAUGGUUAAAAAAUACUAAGGAUCGAAAAGGGAAAAAUCUGAAAACUCAAGAUAAAUCUCUAGAUAAUCAGAUGGAGAUUAGUGGGAAGAAUCUAAUUCAGGAACAAGAGAAUGGUGUGGCCAAAAGUCUCCAGAGAGACACAAAUACGGUGGUUCCAGGUGAACUGCCGCAAGAUCAAUAGGUAUUUUGAGCUGGAAUUGUCAAGGGCUAGGGAACUCUUGGACAAUUGUUCAUCUCAAGGAAAUGAGAAAGGCUCAUUUUCCUGAUAUCUUUUUCCUCAUAGAGACUAAGAACUCAACUGUUUAUUUGAAAAAGGUUCAAGGUUGGUUAGGCUAUAGUAACCUUAAAACGGUUGAACCAGUAGGAACUAGUGGUGGACUUGCAGUUUUUUGGAAAGACAGUAUAGAUAUCAAGUUUUUGUUUGUUGAUAAAAAUAUUAUAGAUAUGAAAGUUUCUUGUCGUUCUAAAGUGUGGUUCAUUUCUUGUGUGUAUGGGAAUCCAAUUACAGGCCUUAGAUCUGCAGUUUGAGAUAAAAUCACUGAUUUUGGUUUAUCUAGAUCAGAAGCUUGGUGUAUGAUAGGUGACUUUAACUCCAUAUUAUCCAAUAAAGAUAAAUUGGGAGGGCCAUUAAGGGAUCUCGUUUCUUUUCACCCUUUUCAAGAGCUUUUGGCAAGCUGUGAUAUGACUGAAUUAGGUAGCUCUGGAAAUGGUUUUACUUGGGGUGGAGUUAGAGAUAAACAGUGGAUACAGUGCAAACUUGAUCGUUGCUUCGGAAACCCAGCUUGGUUUUCUUUGUUUCCAAGUAGUCGACAACAGUUUCUUGAGAAGCUAGGAUCAGACCAUAAACCUGUUUUGGUUAAUUUUUCAUGUCAUAAAGAGCCUCAUAAGAGCCAAUUUUGGUUUGACAAAAGGUGGGCAAAAGAUCCUUCUUUUAUGGAAGUAAUUCAAAAAGCUUGGAAUGAUAAGAAGGUUACGGCAACAAUAGUUCUGUGAUGAUAAGAUUUGAAAAUUGCAGAAAGGCUAUUGGAAGUUGGAAGAAAAGAGCAUGGUCUAGUUCAGAGAUUAGAAUCAAAAGACUGCGAAAAGAGCUGGCAACACAAGAUUCAUCUUUACAUCCGUGUUUCACGAGAAUAAAUGUGAUUAAAAGAGAAUUGGCCAUUGCUUUUCGAGAGGAAGAAGUGUAUUGGAGACAAAAAAGCACAGAAAAAUGGCUCCUUCUUGGGGACAGAAACACUAAAUUCUUUCAGGCAUCAGUGAAAGCUGCAAGAAUAAAGAACUCAUUACCUUUCCUGGUAGAUGAUAAAGGAAUAGAACAAUUCUCAGAGCUGGGAAAAGGAGAGGUUGCAGUUAAGUACUUCACUGAUUUGUUUAAAUCUUCGACUCCUACUCCGGUUAGUGAUUUGCUCCUUAACUUCCAACCAAGAGUAUCAAACAAUAUGAACCAAGACCUUUCAAGGAAUAUCACCAUAGCAGAGAUAAAGCAGGCUGCAUUUUCGAUUAGCAAUGAGAGUGCUCCAGGCCAUGACGGUUUAACUGGUUUCUUUUUUAAAAAGUAUUGGCAUGUUAUAAAGGACCAGGUUAACAGUGAGGUUCUACAAUUUUUUGAUACUGGUAUUAUUCCUGAGGGUUGGAACCAUACUCACUUGUGUCUCAUCCCUAAGAUCCAGGCUCCAUCAAAGAUGACAGAUCUUAGACCUAUCAGUUUGUGCUCUGUGAUCUACAAGAUUGUCUCAAAAAUCCUGGUACAUCGAUUGAAAAAGCAUUUACCAACUAUUGUCUCUCCAACACAAGCUGCUUUUGUAUCAGAAAGAUUGAUCUCCGACAAUAUUCUGAUUGCACACGAAAUUACUCAUAGUCUCCACAAUCAUCCUUUGAUAUCUCAAGAAUUCAUGAUGGUUAAAACAGAUAUGUCUAAAGCAUAUGACAGGGUCAAAUGGAUUUUUCUAAAAGACAUGCUACAAGCUCUUGGGUUUCAUGAUAGGUGGAUUUUUUGGACUAUGGGAUGUGUCUCCUCUGUGAGUUACUCAGUAAUAAUAAAUGGAGAGCCAGUUGGAUUAAUCAAGCCUGAAAGAGGCAUUAGACAGGGAGAUCCUCUUUCUCCCUUUCUUUUUGUCUUAUGCAUUGAAGCCUUGAUUCAUCUGUUCGAUCAAGCUACAAUGGCAGGCAAUAUCACUGGUAUUCAGUUUCAUCACUCUGGGCCACAAAUUAAUCACUUGUUAUUUGCAGACGAUAGUCUGUUCUUCUGUAAAGCCAAUAGAGUUCAAUGUGCUGAGAUGAUAAGAUGCUUGCAGAAGUAUGAAUGGAUGUCUGGUCAUGUGAUUAAUAAAGAAAAAUCAGCUAUUACGUUUGGAUCUAAAUCAAAUAAUUUAGAUUGGAACUGGAUAAAAGAGAAUCUGGGGAUCUAUCUCGAAGGUGGUGCAGGAAAAUAUUUAGGUCUUCCUGAAUGUUUAAGUGGAUCGAAACAACAAUUGUUGGGGUUUAUAAAGGAUAGGCUCCACUCUCGACUAACCGGUUAGUAUGCAAAAAAUCUGUCGCAAGGAGGUAAAGAAGUUCUUUUAAAAUAUAUAGCUUUGGCUCUUCCAGUCUAUGCAAUGUCGUGCUAUAAGCUUCCUAAGGGCAUCAUCAAGAAAAUGAUUUCUGUAAUGAUGGAUUAUUGGUGGAGUAAUUUUCAAGAUAAAAAGAAAAUUCAUUGGAUAAGCUAUGAAAAAAUGACUCUGCCAAAGUCUGCUGGAGGUUUUGGAUUUAAGGACCUGGAAAUCUUCAAUCAAGCCUUGCCUCUUCUCAAGAUUUUUUAAAAGCAGGUAUUAUGCGACUGAUGAAUUUUUGAGUGCCGCAAAAGGAAGAAAUCCUUCUUAUGGUUGGAGAAGUGUUAUAUUUGGUCGACAAUUACUUUCUAAAGGGCUGAAACGAGUCAUUGGUAAUGGGGAAAACACUUUGGUCUGGAUUGACAAUUGGUUGUUUGAUAGUAGAGCUAUGAGGCCUAUGGGUAUUCACUCCUUAAUGAACAUCAAUCUUAGAGUUGUUGAUCUUUUCAACCAUCAUACAGGAAUAUGGAAUGAUUUUCUUUUAAGAUCAUUGUUUCAUCACUCGGAGAUCAAUAUCAUUAAAGCGAUAAAACCCAGGAUCGGGUUUGAUGAUUCGUAUUGUUGGGGUGAAACUAGAAAUGGUAUUUAUUCAGUAAGCUCAGGAUAUGAUUUGAUGUUUAGACUGCAGAAGAAAGAUAUUUUGGGUGUCGCUGAAGCUCGUCCAUCCACGAAUCCGGUUCUACAAGCUUGUUGGAAUGUGAACACUGCUCCAAAAAUUCAAGUUUUUCUUUGGAAAGCUCUUAAUGGUGCCCUUGCAGUUGUUGAACGUUUGAGAACUAGAGCAAUAAGGAAUGUUGAUGGGUGUAUGUUUUGUGAUGCAGAGGUUGAAUCGAUUAAUCACAUCCUCUUCCUUUGUCCCUUUGCAAGACAAGUCUGGGCCCUUUCUGACAUUCCAUCUCCGUAUCUGGGCUUUGGUAAAUCGAUUUUUGAAAAUAUGUAUUAUCUUUUUGGUUUGGAAAAGAGAAUCGAUUAUAUUGAUGAAGUUAAGUCAGCCUUUGCUUGGAUCCUAUGGCAUUUAUGGAAGAAUAGAAAUAGUUUUCUUUUUGAUGGUGUAAUAUUGGCUCCGGAUGUCUUAGUGUACAGAGCUUUGGAUGUCACUAGAGAUUGGUCCUCAGUGUAUAAGCAGGAUGUAUCCCCGUUGAAGUCUAUAUCAAAGCAGAAAGAGCAAUGGCAACCUCCUUUUCAGGGAGAAGUAAAAUGUAACAUUGGCUUUUCCUGGUCUAAAUCGUUCUGCUUAUCUGGUGCUUCCUGGGUGGUUAGAGAUCAUGAUGGUAAAGUAGUCCUUCACAGUAGAAGAUCAUUUGCAGCUGUUAAUUCAGUUUUUGAGGCCAAAAUCAAAAGCUGGGAAUGGGCACUGGAAAGUAUGAAAAGUUUACACUUUGAAAAUGUGACUUUUGGUGCAACCACUAUGGAAA